CAAACGUGCUCCUGCCGGCUGUUUUUGUUGUGAUGGUGAUCGCUGCAGUUGGUUUCGUUACUCUGUUCCUCUGAAAAUGUGAUUUCAACUGAGUUUUUGCCGUUUUUAAUUACAUAAAUCAAAAGGUAAAAGUUUAUAAACGUGCUGCAGUAACGAUGGCUUCGGCUAUUAUCCAUACAAUCCGCCGUCAGCUUAUGUUUCGUGCUAAAACAUCUCGGGAUCUAAUUCGCUUAGCAUCAGUUUCAACCCGUCUACCUCCACGAGAUCAUUCGCUUCAAUCGGUCAGGUUCCUUCACUCUUCGCAACCGCUCUUCAACAAAGUUAUCUCCGGUGGUCGGCUGGACAGUGAGGAUGUUUCGCUGUUGGAAGCCAAACAAGACCCGGACACUUUUGGAACGCUUUCACCCCGGGUGCCAGAACCGGAAGUUCUCGACGAAGGCGAUCGGAAAGAGGAAGAAUUCUUCCAGAACAAACCAGCUCGAUCGCAGAAGCUCAGCACCAAAGAGUAUGCGGAUUUGAUCAAGGGACACUUGAAGAAUCAACGAAUCAAGGAAGCCAUCGAUGUGCUGGAGGUGAGGAUGAAGGAAGAUCGGGUGAAACCGGUCAACUAUCUGUUCAAUUUGGUUAUAGGGGGAUGUGCCCGGGUUGGCUACAGUAAGAAAGCCUUCCAGUUGUAUAACAAAAUGAAACAGCACGGAUUGAAGGUAACGGGCGGAACUUAUACUUCGUUGUUUAAUGCUUGUGCAAAUUCGCCCUUUUUGGGCGAUGGAUUGCAUAAGGCGAACCGAUUGCGGGAGAUUAUGAUCGAGAAGGGCUACGAGCCAAAUGAGUCCAAUUUCAACGCGAUGAUCAAAGCUUACGGAAGAUGUGGUGAUCUGAAGACGGCCUUUCAGCUGGUGGAUGAAAUGAUGUCCAAAAAGCUGAGAAUACAGACGGAUACCUUCAACUUCCUGCUGCAAGCGUGCAUCACAGACACCGAAUUUGGCUUCCGGCAUGCGCUUCUAGUGUGGCACAAAAUGUACCGAUUGAAAGCCCAGCCGGACAUUUAUUCGUUCAAUCUACUGCUGAGAUGCGCUCGAGAUUGCGGGCUAGGCGAUCUGGAAGCCACCGAGCAAGUCAUCGAGCAGAUUCUAUAUCAAAGCAGGAAGAAGCCUGCGCAACUAGAAGAAUCAUCCCAACAACCCGCGUUGAUUGAAGAUAGUGCCGCAGACUCUUCCAAACAUCUGCAAUUGUCUGAUUUGAGUCCGGAAAUUCAUCAAGAAGGCACCCCAAAUCUUCUUUCUAGUCAACCCCACCUCGGCAGUCUCAUCAGUCUAGGCGAAGUUAAAAAGCCAGAAGAUCGUCUUCUGCUCCUCGGCGGUGCCAAUAGCAUCCUCGCCGAAAUGGAAAACCUAAAAAUCCACCCGGACAUCAAAACGAUGACGGAACUGCUGGACACGGUUCCACCGACCCUGGCGGCCGAGAAGCAAAUCCUGUCGACGAUUCGGAGGCUUGGCAUCCGGUGCGAUAUCGAUUUCUUCAACAUUCUCAUCAAAAAGCGCUCGAUGAGAUUCGACUACGAAGCGGCACGAGAAGUGCUGACCAUGAUUCGGACCGCCAGGCUCGAACCGGACAUUGUCACAUACGGGGUGCUGGCGCUGGGCUGUCGCACACAGGAGGAAGCACGCGCCCUGCUGAAGGAGAUGAGAGAUGCGAAUAUUAGGAUCAACAUUCAAAUUCUGGGUGCCAUGCUCCGACAGGGUACGGCAACGAAAAAUUUCCGCUACGUAACAGAAAUGCUGGAAAUAGUCAAACAGGAGCGCUUCAAGCCGAACGAGGCGUUCCUUAAACAUCUGGACAAUUUCAACAAGAAAUGCGAGAAAAUAAACCAAGCGUACAAUAAACAACCGCGAAAGGCCGGUCGGGAAGAGUUCAAGUUGGAGUACAAUCGCUACAAGCUGAAGCUGGAAUACUGGAUGGAUCACAUGGGAUUGAAGGGACUCAGUUUGGACGAUGCCGUUGGAGCUGUGCGGGAGCAUCCGUGGGAACAGUUUAAGCAAACACAGGCAGAUGGCUACGAGGCGACCAAAAAUCCCAAAUUAAGGCAUGAGAAAAAGAAACAGCAUUCGAUACGUAAGAUCAAAGUGGACGAGUUAAAGGACGAUGAUGACGCUCUGGAUGCUGGAGUCGGACGAAAGGGUGAAAUCAGGCGGAUAGAAUGAGGUUUGUAGAGGUUUUAGUAUUUCAGCAAUAGAAUGAAACCAAAAAGUCGUUCAAUAUUUUUACGCCGAAAUUUUUAUAAAAACAAUAUUUUAUAAACCGUGAUUUCGGAUGGAAUUCAACAAUUUUUA